AUGGCUUGUGGAAGUGCUGGUCAUAUUGCUCGAGAUUGUAAAAAUCCGCGCCCCGGUGGAGCAGAAGCAGCAGGCGCUGCUGAUGGUGGGAUGGAUGACGAGUAUUCGGCGCUUAUGGAGGAACUCGGGGAACGUCCAGCUCGACAAGGUGAUGGGUCGAUGCGUGGGCGUGGAACAACCACUUUCCGGGGCCAGAGAGGUGGUUUCUUCCCACGCGGUGCUAUGAAUAACAAUCAACCACCAGUGAUUCGCGUGAAUCUGGGCACAGCUGCGCAACAGCAGAUGAUGAGCGGCAUGGUCCCACCACCACCAGGUGCUAGGCCACCUUACGGUAUGGCUCCACCACCGGAUCCAUACCAGCCACAUGGUUUCUUUUCAAGUCCUGGAGCUCGCGGACGUGGAGGUUUCAGAGGAGAUUACUCCGGCGGAUGGUAUGGAGGAGCGACAGCCAUGCCAUUACCUGUGCCACCACCACCACCUCCUCCACCAAUGGGUGGUUUUCCGCCACCACCAACCUCCCCACCGCCUCCUCCAGCACCACAAGCUGAUUUGUCUCGCAUACUUUCUGCGCCGGCUCCUCCGCCACCACCUCCCCCUCCGUCGCAAUAA